GGAAUAGCCGGUGUGCUCACUGGGUUAAUUUCAGGUCAUGGGUCUCCAGCCCCCUCCGGCCAGCUGAACACCAGCAGUGCAGAGAGCGAACCCUUGGAGCCAGGGGAGCAGGUCGGGGUCCGCCUGGUGAACGGCAGCAGCCGCUGCAGCGGAACGGUGGAGGUCCGGCUCGAGGCGUCCUGGGAGCCAGCGUGCGGGGCGCUCUGGGACAGCCGCGCCUCCGAGGCCGUGUGCCACGCGCUGGGCUGCGGCGGGGCGGGGGCGGCUGCCCAGCCAGCCCCGCCGACCCCCGAGCUGCCGCCCGAGCUCCCCGUGGGGAACACCAGCCGGGCCACGAACGCCACGUGGGCCUUGGCACCAGCCAUCCUGUGCAGCGGCGCCGAGUGGCGCCUCUGCGUGGUGAAUGACCACGAGUGCAGCCGCGACGGGAGGCCGGCCCAGGUCACCUGUGCAGAGAACCGCGCGCUGCGCUUGGGGGACGGUGGCGGCCCCUGCGCCGGCCGCGUGGAGAUGCUGGAGCGCGGCCAGUGGGGGUCCGUGUGCGAUGACACGUGGGACCUGGAGGACGCCCACGUCGUGUGCCGGCAACUGAGCUGCGGCUGGGCAGUCCAGGCCCUGCCCGGCUUGCACUUCGCGCCCGGCCGAGGGCCCAUCCACCGGGACCAGGUGAACUGCUCCGGGACCGAGGCCUACCUGUGGGACUGCCCGGGGCUGCCGGGAGACCACUACUGCGGCCACAAGGAGGACGCGGGCGUGGUGUGCUCAGAGCACCAGUCCUGGCGCCUGACCGGGGGCGCGGACCCCUGCGAAGGACAGGUGGAGGUGUACUUCCGAGGGCUAUGGAGCACUGUCUGUGACAGCGAGUGGUACCCGCCGGAGGCCGACGUGCUCUGCCGGGCCUUGGGCUGUGGGACCGUGGUCGAACGGCCCAGGGGUCUGCCCCACUCGCUGUCGGGCAGGAUGUACUACUCCUGCACCGGAGCGGAGCUCACACUUGCCGACUGCUCCUGGCGGUUCAACAACUCCAACCUCUGCAGCCAGUCGCUGGCAGCCAGGGUCCUCUGCUCAGGUUCCCGGAGUCUGCACAAUCUGUCCACCAAAGUCCCUGCAAGUGUCCAGUCGGUCACCGUAGAAUCUUCUGUGACCGUGAAAAUGGAGGACAAGGAAUCUCGGGAGCUAAUGCUCCUCAUCCCCUGCAUCAUUCUGGGAAUUCUCCUCCUUGCCUCACUCAUCUCCAUAGUCUUCAUCCUCUUGAGAGUUAAAGGAAAAUAUGCUCUCCCUGUUACAGUGAACCAUCAGCACCUACCCACCACCAUCCCAGCAGGGAUCAAUAGCUAUCAAGCGGUCCCCAUCACUAUCCCCAAAGAAGAAGUUCCCAAGCUGCCCAUCCAGGCCCAGGCCCCACCCCCCAAGGACUCGGACUCCAGCUCGGACUCAGACUAUGAGCACUAUGACUUCAGCGCCCAGCCUCCUGUGGCCCUGACCACCUUCUACAAUUCUCAGCGGCACCGGGUCACGGAUGAGGAGGUCCAGCAGAGCAGGUUCCAGAUGCCGCCCUUGGAGGAAGGACUUGAAGAGCUGCAUACCUCCCAUGUGCCAGCUGCCAUGCCUGGACACUGCGUUGCAGAGCCCCUCUCCCUAGGCCCUCAGCACCACCCAAGGAGCAGCAGUGGGUCCAGCACAUCUUCCGGGGAGGAUUACUGCAAUAGUCCCCGCAGCAAGCCACCUCCAUGGAACCCCCCGGGGUUUUCUUCAGAGAGGAGCCCAUUCCUGGAACAGCCCCUGAACCUGGAGCUGGCUGGCUCCCAGACAACCUUUCCAGCAGGGUCCUCGGCUGAUGACAGCUCCAGCACCUCAUCCGGAGAGUGGUACCAGAACUUCCAGCCACCACCCCAGCCCUCUUCGGUGGAGCAGUUUGGGUGUCCAGGGUCCCACAGUCCCCAGCCCGACUCCACCGACAAUGAUGACUAUGAUGACAUCGGAGCAGCCUAGACUGUCC